AGAGCUUCAAGAAGAAGAGAUCAAAAGGUAUAAAAAAGUGUGGUGUUUUUCAUCAUCCUUUCCAUAUAUUCUUCAACCAGUGGCAUUAUGAGAAAUUCAACUCAAAAAUCAUGGGGAAGUAAUCAGAGAGAAACAAAUCUGAUUUGACGAAGCAGAAGAAGGGCAUCGGCAAUCGGAGUUCGGAAACGGAGAAAGGUGCUCGGCGGAGAAGAAGGGCCGAAGUAUGAAUCCGAUCAAUGCUCUGGCUAUGGUCCGAAUUACGACGAGGGAGAUGCCGCUGGGGGCCGAGAUCCAAUUCGGCACCGUCACAUGGUAUGUCUACGCCGGGAUCUCGUGCGUCCUCGUCCUCUUCGCCGGAAUCAUGUCCGGCCUCACCCUGGGUCUCAUGUCUCUGGGCAUCGUGGAGCUCGAGAUCCUACAGCGCAGUGGAACUCCCACCGAGAAGAAACAAGCAGCUGCAAUAUUCCCAGUUGUUCAGAAGCAACAUCAGCUUCUUGUGACCUUGCUUCUAUGUAAUGCUGUUGCAAUGGAGGCCCUUCCUAUAUAUCUGGACAAAAUUUUCAACCAAUAUCUUGCUAUUAUACUGUCUGUAACUUUUGUGUUAGCAUUUGGAGAGGUUAUUCCUCAAGCAAUUUGCACCAGGUAUGGACUUGCUGUAGGAGCAAAUUUUGUUUGGCUUGUUCGUGUUCUAAUGAUCAUCUGUUACCCUAUUGCGUAUCCUAUUGGAAAGAUUCUAGAUUUUGUAUUAGGACAUAAUGAAGCUUUGUUCAGACGAGCUCAAUUGAAGGCUUUGGUUUCUAUCCAUAGUAAAGAGGCUGGCAAGGGGGGUGAACUCACACAUGAUGAGACAACAAUUAUUAGUGGAGCACUGGAUUUGACUGAAAAGACUGCUGAAGAGGCCAUGACUCCCAUUGAGUCUACAUUUUCUCUGGAUGUUAAUUCAAAACUAGACUGGGAAGCAAUGGGAAAAAUUCUUGCUCGAGGUCACAGUCGAGUCCCUGUCUACUCCGGCAAUCCGAAGAAUGUUAUUGGGCUUCUCCUGGUCAAAAGCCUUCUUACUGUUCGGGCUGAAACUGAGACCCCAGUUAGUGCUGUUUCGAUCCGGAGAAUUCCUCGGGUUCCUUCAGAUAUGCCCCUCUAUGACAUUUUGAACGAGUUUCAGAAAGGUAGCAGUCACAUGGCUGCUGUAGUGAAGGUGAAAGGAAAAAGUAAAAACCUUCCAUCAGUAGAUAAUAAACGACCUGAAGAGACAGCAAACACGGAUGUUAAUCCUGAGUUAAAUACUCUUUUGCUCUCCAAGAAGAAUGAGAAGUCAGAUACUGUGGUGAUUGAUAUCGAAACAAAUGGCCUGCCUCAGCCCUCAGAGGAUCUUGAGGACGGUGAAGUAAUUGGCAUCAUCACCCUGGAGGAUGUGUUUGAGGAGCUUUUGCAGGAGGAAAUAGUGGAUGAGACAGAUGAGUAUGUUGACGUACAUAAAAGGAUACGUGUGGCAGCAGCAGCAGCUGCUUCAUCAAUGGCACGUGCUCCAUCGACUCGGAGGCUGACAGCCCAAAAGGCAGCUGGAGGCCAAAGUAGACCAGGACAGACACCGAAAAAGUCCAAUGACGAUGUUUCUGGUUCAAGGAAAGGACAUCUCGGCGAGCCUCUUCUCGGGAACAACAAGUAAGAUGAACAACACUAAAAUGUUUGCCAAUGAAUCUUCUGAGACUUGCACAGAAAAAAGAGUCACAUUGUGUAGAGGCCCUGCAAAUUUUGACCAGAAUCCAAAUUUUACUGAGAUCCGAUGAUGUGUGAAUAUGUACUCUACCACACCUGCCUCUCUUCUGUUGUCUUUCACAUUUUC